AACGAAACAAAGCUCUAUGUCACGUUCGAGGCUGACAAUUGCUGUUGUCAUCUCAAAAUUUAACAAUAGCCAAUUUUAGCCACCUAUUGCAGUUUUUUAUAUAAUAAACUAUGCACCAAAUCCUUUGUUACCAAAUAUUCUAGAACUGAUCAGGAUGGCUCACGCCUUCUACACGGACGCAGCCGAAAGGUCGGAGCGCCGAAACCGAAAAUGGUACCAGAACAACUUACUGAAAGUAUUGCAGGCCGCUAAAGAGAACCAAGUGCGGGAAAUCGAUGCCUCCAUCGUUCUCGCUGAGGAACUCAUGCGGCGCCUGGACGAACCUCUGGAGCCACCGACCGUAGUCCCGAUGCGUCAGAUUAAGCCCACAGAAGAGGACGGCAUGAUGAUGCCCGUAGAACAAGAAGUACUGGACAUUCUCCAUAAGAGCACGGAGAAAGGCGCCGUUUACAGAUAUUUGAAUGAAAGAUACAAAAAAGCUCCAGAGGACAAGUACCUCUACCGCGUGGUGACGAGCUGGGACUACGGCUGGCAGCAGAAGGCCGCGCGGCAGCGGGCGCGGGACGUGCACCGCGGCCGCAGCUUCGUGCUGCGCCACACCUUCUACCGCCGCAGCAACGCCGCGCCCGACCCGCCGCACUACGCCUCGCCCAGCGGCGGCCAGACCUCCAUCUGCAGCGAGUACUCCUGCAAUCUGUACUGAAGCCGCCAACAUUCCCACCUACUGGCUCAGUCUACUCCUCCUGCACAUGAUGAACAGCAACGACCCCAACCUCGGCUACAAGAUACUCGUCAAGAUCGUGCUGUUCCUGAUCAAAACGGAAAAGUUCAUCGCAGUCACCACCAAACUCAAUCCACCAAUAAUAAGGGGUCUUAUAUUCUGUUUAAACUGUGUAAAUAACAGACGAUAUAUAGCAAAAAACAUAUAUUUUAUAAUUUUAUUAUUUACAAUAAUUCAACUUUUAUUUACAUAUUAACAACAGCAAGUGUACCCUCUGUCUAAGGCCACAUCUAACUGUUCGAAAGGGAAUUACUAAAAUAAAAUAUGUGUACAGAUUU